AUGAAAUAAUAAACAUAUUAAAGUAAUGUGUUAUAAUUAGCUGCAUAAAGUUCUGAAAGAAUAAAGAAAUACAUCAAUUCUAAUCAUAAUUCAAGCUUUGUCAAAAGUAUCAAAUUUUAUAAAAAUAAGGUAUUAGAAGUGGAAGCAUUCCAUUAUUAAAUCCCGAAUAACAUGAAUUUGUUAAUCGAACGCAUGAUCCAAAUCCUCCAAUUUAUAAUAAAAGAUAUCAACCUGCUAAAAUAAGAGCUUAGGAGGCUUAAGAUGAAUUUAAUAAUAGUCAUCUGAAGGCUGGUCCAUAUUAUAAUUUACCAAAAAACAUGAGAAAUGAAAUAUUGGCUGCUGAAAAGAUGCCCAUGAGAUAUGGUAAAAAUCCAAGAACAGAAAAUGAAAGACUUUAAGAAAAACUUGAAAAUUCUUCAAUUAUUGAUCAUUCAUACAGAAAUGUAACAAUGAUCUAGAGACCUAAUUGGAAAGUUACUAUGAAGGAGAAGUGGAUGAGCCAGGAUACGUUUAAGUCAUAAUCUGCAAAUUUUAAUUCAAAAUAAGCUUGGAGUUAGAUACCUUAUCGCAAUCCAGAGGAUAAUUAUAUAUAUCUUGAAUCAGAGAAUUCUCAAAUUGAAUUUAAAAGGUUACGUCAGGAAGUAUUAGAAAAAUAAGGAAAGUUACCAUUUAAUCCUGUAAUAAAGAAAAAUCCUUACACAACAUAUUCAACAAGCAUACGUACAUUUAAAUAAGAUGAAGCAUUUGGUAUAUAAGAAAAAACUAUGUUCUCGAAAAAUACUUAAUUAAAACAUUAUAAAAGCGCUCUUAUUUCCACAAAAUCAGUAGAUCAUAUAAUGCCAUAUAAUCAUAGUAAUAAUAUUUAAGCUAUUAAAAACAUUUUUCCAAAUGCUGAAAAAUAAUAUAUUAAAUCAUCAGAAUAACUUGGAGGAGAUUUAAAUUAGAAACUGUAAAUUUAGUAGAAAGAUGAAUUUCCAAAACUUCAUUUUGAUUAACAAUCGCCAAUUCACGAAUAUCCAUAACCAGAAGAUUUUAAUAAUACAAAUUUCGAAAAAACCAAUUUUCCUGUAAAAAAAGUACAUAAACCAUUCAAACCUUAUUCUGAAGACGAAGCCAAAUAGAUAGUAAAUAAAUAUUUUUGCAAAUAAUCUUUUUGA